ACAGUUAAUGUCGAAUGGCAAGGAAUAUUUUUAAAUGUGUAUAUGGCUUGUAUUUCAUAACAUAAUAAGCUUAGCAUGUUAUGUUAAAUGUAAAGAAACACGAGAGCCAUGCUUCUUGAAUCAUAACAUCUAUUGAAGUACCAAAGGAAAAUAUACAAUAUGAAGAUAAAGAGAAGACUGUGAUCAAUACUAGCACAUGGAAAGUCAAUAUGCUUAAAAAGAACGCAAAAAUCUCGUGUGGGCCAAUGCUUAUACAGGAGUGCCGCCGCAGCGCUACAAAGCGUUCAGUUCGAGCGCAUUCUAUGUAGCGCUCCAAAGUAUCGUGUUUUCCGACGGAACGCAGGGCUGGUCUGAAGUUUGUGUUUGUAAAUAAUACAAUUCCACACAUUGAUAGUAUUUGGGAACGUUACGGAUGUCCCAUAGCAAUUCGCAGUGCACCAAGUCAAACACCUUGAGGUCGAUAUAGGCUGCAAGCAACCCACUACCAAACUCACAAUGGCAUUCCUCAAGGCAGUCUAUUUUGGACUUGCCAAGAAGAAUCCAAAUUGCUUUGGUUUCGGAAGAAUGUGAGCAAAAAUCUUGCCUGAUAUGCUGCUGGGAUGAAAGGAACCUGAAGAAUAGAAGAUCAGUAUCAUAUUAUCAAUAUGAAAACGAUUUAAGAAAUAUGAAAAUGCAUUGAUCUUAAGUUUGUGCACAAAAAGAAACAGAGAUGAACAAUUGAAAGAAGUUGAUAAAUGGUUUUAUGUAGUUCAAGAUAGUAAAGCAUCUAAAAAACAUGGGGAACCCUUUGGAUGAAGAAAGCACCAACUUUUUGCGUGUUACUGUUGUUUUGCUCAAAGGUGGGAAGAAGGUAUUGUAUAAGGUUUACAUAUGGGGAUGUGCUAAACCAUUGCAUGUUCCUUUGAAAGAAUACCUUUUAUCCAAAGGCAUGACAAGUAGAAUGUACAAAACUCGCUUUCAUAGUACCCAGAGGGAAAUCAUUGAAGCUGAUCCUAGCGGAGCAUCUUAUGACAUUACAUUACUCUACCAGUGCAUCCGGACAGCAUGCAAUAAUGUUGCAGUGGAGGAUAAUGAAUGGACCAUACCAAGUGAUACCCUAGAGUAUUUUAUCUAUCAGAUUAAAGAUCAGAGGAAUUCUCUUGCUCAUGGCGCAACCACUGAUAUAGAUGUGCAAGAAAUGAUCAGCAAGAUUGAAGGUUUAAGGCUCUUAUUUCUGAAGACAUUGCAGUUGGCAGGCAAAAGAUUCAACAAGGAUCAUGAAGUUACCUUUGUAGAGAAUGAACUGAACAAAAUGAUCAACAGAAUCAGGGAUGAAUCUGAUCGAUUCACAAAGGCAUUAGCAGCUCAGAGAAAACAACUCAGAGAAAUUUUGGUUACUGAAGGUGGGAAAGAGCUGAGGGAACAUUAUAAUUUUUACACAGAAGUGGAUCCUAGUUCAUUCUUAUGGAAAAAAAAGAAACCAAAAGUGACCUCAGUUUUCACGAAGCUUGAGUUAGUUCAGGAGUCUGCUGACAGUAUUAGAGAAGAACCAAGAUUAGAGAAUCUUUUAAAGAUAAAAAAGCAUGGAGAAAUUCCACAAGUUAUUCUUCUAGAAGGAGUAGCUGGUUCUGGAAAGAGCACUGUCACCUCACUCCUUAUUGCUGAUUGGUGUUCAAAGGGUGGAAAGAUUAGUGGUCUUCAAGAUUUUGAGCUUUUGCUUCAUAUUCAGUGCCGCAAUCCCCAUGUUUCAAGUUUCUUGGGGGUAUUAUUGUUUCUUUUCCAGAAGACUUCUGGUCGAAUGAAAGAAGAUGACCUAAUAAGAUCAGUGCUAAUGUCAAAAGUGUUUUUUGUCAUUGAUGGUUUGGAUGAAGCAAAUAAUGCAUCACAGAAACUUCUCAGAGAGAUAUUACAGAUGCACAUCAAAGAGAAGAAUCAUAACAUUAGAUUGAUAUGUACAACUAGACCACAGAGUGUAGAGCAGUUUCUUAGAUUGCUCCCUGAGGAAACUUCAGUAAUUCACUUGAAAAUUGUUGGUAUCCCUGUAGAAGAACAGUCAAAAUUCAUUGCCAGAUAUCAUGAACAGUUGAAAUGUGGAGAAAACAGUCAACAGGAUAUCAAAGAACUUUUAAGUUAUAUUCAAUCCACAUCACAGAUUUCAGAACAUUUUCGGCUUCCACUUAACCUAGUGUUCUUGACAUACCUUUGGAUGUUCUCAGCAAAGUCAUUUAGUCAGUUAUAUUCAGCAACAAAUCUUUACAUGGAAAUUUUGCAGCUGACGAAGAAGAAGCUUAUAGCUCGGCUUCAGUCUCAUCUUCAUUACCUGGAUCCUGAGGAAAUUAGAAUUAAGUGUGAAAAUUUUCUUGAAGUGAUGUAUCAGGAAAGUCUUCUGGCUUUGUGCCAAAAUUCAGUUCUCCUAAGCACUGUGGGCACUGAAGUCCUUAAGAAUAAAUGCAAAAGCUUAAGAUUGCCUUCAACUGAAGUUUUAUCAGGAUUUUUUACCUUCGCAAAGACUUGGACAGGAAAAAGUUAUAGAGAAGAGUUUUCCUUUCCACAUAAAGGACUACAAGAUUUUUAUGCAGCACUAGCAAUUAUUGCUUCAAUUACUCAAAAGGAAGACAAGGAUUUGUUGGAGAAUGUGAGAAGUGGAAUUAUAAAAGUUCUUGCAAAGAAUAACAUUUCAUCAAAAAUAUCAUCAGAAAUAGUGUCUGCAACAGAGAGUAUUUUGAUUGCAUCAUCAUCAAAACCAAAACACAUUCUGUCCAUCUUGGAAGACCUUCACAGGGAUGAUCCUUCGCCUCUACAGAUAAACAAAUAUCAGAAUGUUCUUUUUCAUUUGGUAGGACUGCUAAAAAAUGAUGGAGAAAAUACAUUACAAAAGCAUGCUGAAGAAUUAAUUGGAUUGUUAAAUAAAUCUGGAGUGAAGGAUUCAGAGCAGUGGUUGGACAUUUUAGCAGAAGUAGACUGUGCCCCAGUAAUGAUGGAAGAAGUGGUUAAGUUCAUGCCUACACACAGAUGGAGUGUUCGAGAUGGACACCUGAAAAGUGCACUGAUGCUUUUUCCAAAGGUCCCAGUCAGACAAGUUGAUUUCUUGAUAGAGAAAAACCCAUAUUCUGUUCCCUACCUGAAAGAAAUGCUUCAGCAGGUUGCUUCUACCAAUUGUGAAAUCCAAUUGAACUUACACUAUCACUGGCAGCACCCAGAAGCAGAAUCAUCAGAUGAGAUUCUUGAAUAUAUAAAACCUCUUCAAAGUCAAUCAGGAUGCAGAUUGAUCAAGUUCAUGGGUUCCUUGGAUAACCUUUCCCAGCUGAGUCCGCACAAGAAGUUGGAGCAGGUUUAUAUUGCUUUUGGAAAAUCUUUUGCCGAGUCUGCAGUGGGCUCGCAGGAUGUCCUGAAGACUCUGAGGAAUAUGGAUUACUUAUAUAUCAAUAUUUUAGCUGGUCUACCUAUCGAGAAGCUCCCUAUUCUCCCAGAAACAAGAUUCCCAAUUGAUUUAUGGCUGACACACGUGGAUGAUUCACAUGAAGAGUGGAUUAAGGCCGUUGCAUCCAAGUUUAAACUCUCAACGCAAGUUUGGAGCAUCAGAUUUCCAAGAAGCAACUUAACUGAAAAAGGCUGUGUUUAUUUGUUUGGAGCACUUAAAGACAUGAAUAUUGGUAAGGAUGGAGUGUGGGUCAGCUCUCCUCAUAUAACAACAGAAAGUGCCGAAAAACUCAAGCAAAUAUUUUUGAAACUGGUAAAAACGCCCUUCAGAAGGGUAGAUGAUGUGAGUAUCUGGUCUUUUUAGUUCUCAUGGUAUAUGUGAUAAAAGUGAUGAAUACACUUUUUUUUUACUGUUUUUAUAUUCAUAUUAAAUACUUAGAAAAAAUAGAUUUUUCCUAAUAUUCUGUAAAUAAUUGAAAAUCAGUUACUAGGAAAAUUAGCUACCUGUAAAUAAAUGUAGGUAUUGCCAAAGUAAUUGUGAUCUAUGGGCCUCAUAUACUUGAAAUCACAAACAUUGAUUAAUUCUGGCAAUUCUGUUGUGUAUAAUGGCAAAUAAGUAUAAGCAAAUGUUGUACAAAGAUAUAUAUAUAUAUAUUUUAUUAUGGCCUUAGACAUAAUUGUGUACUCAAACUUAGAAUAGGAAAAGUAUUGAUUGCUUUACAGAUUAUUUAGAUAUGGUAUUUUUUAUAUAUCAAGUACUGGUUAAAUUGAAGUAAAAUAUAGUUUGUUUGAAAGAAGAUAGCAUUUGCACUAAACCCAAUUGCUCCAUAUGACAAGAAUACAUGCCACGCCCACUGUAAUACAAGUUUAU